AUUUUAAUCAUCCACCUAACGUUAAAAGCAGCUCCGACUCGAGACUUGAUCGCAGGUUGGACGAGUUAGGUAGGAGUACUCAUGAUCAAAGGUCGGAAAUACUUGUACAAAGGGCAGUUGAUUCAGACUCGGACACCGUCAGUCAAAGACACAGACACAGACACUCAGAGAGACGCGAUACUGAGACUGGGCGCAUGUUUGCAGCGUCUGCUUAUUUCCAAAAACCUACUAAAGUGUCAGAAGAUGUCACAAGGAUAACUCAGGGGAACUCUAAUAGUCCUCAUACUGUGCAUAGGACUGCUAAUGACAGCUUGCACCCUAAUGGAUCUAAUUCACCCCUAACAACUAGCACACAUUCCAGUACUACCAAGCAGGUUGAAUCUAGACCACUUGACAAGUCUGGCAGAGGACGAAGUGCCAGUGCUGAUAUGUUAACUCUGCCCGACAAAUAUGGCGCAUAUAACCACACUGAUAGAGAGGAUUCCAGAAGAGGUUCGUCACCAGUAUCUCCGGGAGACGAGAUCCUCAGGUAUAGGCGAGAUAUAUAUGGGAAGGAAUGGGACAGUGACACCUGCAGCGACGACAGGCAAAUUAGUACUUACCCACUUACCAAUAAGGGAAUACAUUCUACUGGGCAGAGUAAUGCAGGUAGGAGGGGGGACAAAGUGAUUGUAGGUGUUAAAACCGACGUACCAGGCCUAUCUACAGGUGGUAUGUCAAUGAGAGAAUAUUUAACCAAACAACAAACACAAAGACAUGAUAAUCUUAAAAAACAUAACACACCAAGCGUCACUUCAUCUUCAUCUUCAUCCGGAAGUACUCAAAAAGAACUGCCUGACACAAGUCAGGCUAGGACUACAGAGCCCAAUAUCUCAAGGACCGAAAUGCUAACUAAGCGUCAGCCGUAGUACCGAAGGGACCAGUUGGACAAGGCACCCUGAACAAAAACUGCACAGGCAAAACACUGAUCCCGAUGGGUGUAAUUUGUCUAAUUUUAGACCAGUUAGAUUAACUGAUUCCAGGGGUUAUGAAAUCAGAAGAGCUGAACCCGUGCAGGUAAUUUUAGUGGAGGACGAGGACUUUGAUAAUAUGCCUCCAAUCAAAUCUAGUCAAAAUAAUCCUCCAUCAACGCUUAUUCCAAAUGCUAAUGCCAAUCAUAAACUGCCAUCACACAUGCAAAGUGAGCACAGACCAAUCAUUAUGCACUCUAACCCUGGAAACAAUCAUAGUCAACAUAGAGGAAGGGAAGGACGGUCAAAUAGCAGGCAAUUACCGGAGAAACCCAACCCCCACCAAAUCAGAAGCCAAAGCCGAGAUAGACAUAGAGAACCCUCACCAUUAAGGGUCAGAGGACGGGAACCUUCACCACUGAGAGACAACAGAGGUCGGGAAAUGACUUCAAGGUCACAGGGGUCUAAUCCACACAUAAUACCUGGUGCUACGAGACACAAAUCAUCACAAGCAAAAGAGGAUAGAAAAACACACAGAUCACAAAAGAGAGUGCAACAUUUCCAAAGAGUGUCCUCCUGUGCCUAUAAGGGACAGCAGUAGAGAACGGAUGAGAGAGAGACUACAAAGUGGUGCUAGACUACGUGCUAGGAGCGAAGACCGGAGAAGCAGUAGAUAUAAUGAGUUUGGAAAUCGUUCAAUUUUCACUGCUGUGGAAUUUACAGAUGAUGCCACCAGCAGCAGCUCAGGAUCAGCCCCCGGAAGCCGGAAAAGUUCAGUCAACACAGCUCGGCCACCUUCUCCAGAUUCAGGUAAACGUCGCACGUCUUACCUAAUGGCGACUAGUAGCGAUGAUCCAGUUAUUCUAGGAGCCAGUAUGGAUGUGGAAUCUUAUAGUCCCACUGUUAACAUGAAAACUCCAAAUAAACGCAAUCCAAGUAUCAAGAAACUGAAGUCUUUCUUCGGUGAAGGCACGCCAAGGAUAGUGGAAGCGUCCGAGAAGUCCCAAGAUUCUGCAUCACCAUCGAGACUCUAUGAUAUUGCCAGAGAGGGCCAAUUGUAUUGCAAAGUAGAAGCUAAAGAUGGCAAGCGAGCCAGUGAUAGAUCCUGGAAACCAGUUUAUGGUGUACUCAAGGCACAUGUGUUGUACUUAUCAAAGGAAAAGAAAGAUGUAAGUGCCAUGAGUCCCACAUCAAUGGAAGAACACCCAAUCAGUAUAAAAUCAGCGAUUGUGGACAUUGCAUAUGACUAUACAAAAAAGAAAAACGUCUUUAGGUUAUGUACUUACAGCGGUUCUGAGUAUUUACUGCAGGCGCCCGAUACUAAAGCAAUGUUAGAUUGGAUAUCAGUAAUUCAAGCUAAUAAUAAUCCUGAUGCCGAUGAUGCUGGGGUUGCUAGGGAAGCUCUGAUUGUUAGGAAGACAGCUCAGCAAGAAAAUUUACUUGGUGUGCCAAAUCAGCCAAGUAAUAAACACCCACUAUCACCUGGUAGUCAUCGAAGGAAAUUUACACUGAGAAGUGCCUCACCUGGACCGCAUGGCAGGAAACCAUUAAAAGAGCACAAAGAAAAGGAUGAAUCAACACCAAAAGAAGGUAAAAGUAAACCGCAUAAUUGGAAGGGUAAAAUCAGUAGGAUCAGUAAGAAAUUUGGUCCUGGUUCCCCUGUAGUUGAUGGUAAUGUGAAUGGUACAUUUAAUGUUGUAUUGGAAGCAUGCCCACCUUCUCCUAAUAAUGAGUUUGUACCCUAUGUGGUAGAAGUGUGUUGUACAAUAGUGGAAAGUAUAGGAUUAGAUUUCACCGGUAUCUACCGAGUACCUGGCAAUACAAGUGGUGUUACACAUUUACAAGAAGAGUGUGAUAAAGGCAUGGAGGAUAUCAAUCUGGAAGACAAGAAAUGGAAGGAUGUCAAUGUGGUUGGCAGCUUACUGAAGUCGUUUUUCAGGAAGUUACCAGAACCAAUCGUGCCAAGCGAUCUGUAUGGUUUGUUCAUUGAAGCAAACCGGAAAGAAGAACCCACGGAAAGAAUGAGUGAACUAAGAAGACUGGUUCAUCAGCUUCCAGAUCAUCACUUUGAGACACUGAGAUUUUUAGCAAAACAUUUAAAGAACAUAGCAGAUAACUGUCAUGCUAACAAGAUGGAAGCUCGGAAUCUAGCUAUUGUGUUUGGACCCACAUUAGUCAGACCAGCUGAAGAGAACAUGGUGAUAAUGGUGACGGAUAUGUCAGAUCAGUGUCGUAUUGUAGAGAGUAUAAUUAUGCAUUGUGACUGGUUCUUUAGUUCUGAAGAUGCUGAUAAGCUGGAAGUACCAAUCGAUGGAUCUACCGAGGCCGCUCCCUCAUCUAAUAUGGAUUUGUUAUUGUUGAAAGUUAAGGAGGAAACACGUGAUCCAAAAGAGCGUAAACAUAGUAGAAGAACGAAGAAGUCGAUCGUUACUGCCCCGACAACUCCAGAUGAUGAGGAUUUUGGCUUUAGUGAAAGGAAUAUUGACUAUGAAAUCUCAGUCCGCAUGAAACGGCAAGGAAUGUCCCAUAUUAAACAGAGCGAGGCUGAGAGUACGGUUAACAGUGAGACAAAACAAUCAGAGGAGAGAAUACGUGAGGUGGAGACUCAUGAGAAAAAGAUUGAAGUUCAUGAACGUAAAUCGAGUUCGUCUUCAAUGAAGACAGGGUCUCAGAGCUCAUUGGAAGUAAAAUCAACAACAGAGAGCGAAGGGUUAGGGUCAUCAGAUCAAGAGGCUAGUGAAAAAGCGAAGAGUUACAUUCGAGCGUCAAAACAAGCCUUUCAAAGAAACCAAUAUUUACCACAUAAAUCUUCAUCUACUGCCAUGCGAAAACUUUCUACAGAGUCUGAGUUGAGUGUCAUCUCGCAGAAAUCCAACACAUCCUCAAAUGGAAAAAUCGAAGACCUAACUAUUGAUAGGAGGAAAGACAAAGAGAGAAUUGAAAAACAAUACGAGUUAGCUUUGAAAGAUUUGGAGAAUGAGGACAAGCUGGACAAUGAUGAUUUUGCGUUGAAGGUAUCUGCGGUUUCCAACGAAAUAGUGAGAUUGCACUCACAAGAUUAUGAAAAAGAAAAACACACCAAGACUGAGGUGUCUUCAGUUACUUCUGAUUACUCAACAACGACCUCGUCCUCAACAAACUUUGUAACAGGUGAUAUAAAAACACCGGACACGCCCGGCAGCCGACUGGAUUCAGAUAAUUUCUUUUCUCCAGAUUCUGAUACUGAAAGUGAUCUAGUAACCAGUAUGACAGAAACCUUUGAUCAAAGGCUGAAAUUGUUGCUCAGUGCAGAAAAUGAGCCUGAAAAAGAGGCACAACUUGAACAUUUACUAUCACCAACAGAGCAAACGCUGCCUGUUAAUAAACACAGGCGUCUAAGGACUUCCAAUACCGAUCCAAAUUUAGGUCAGCAUCUCGAUGCUGUAACUGUGAAAAAAACUGAUUCUAGGAGUUCUUUAGAUGAUGCAGCAUUACCAGAUUCUGCUAAACUAAUGCAUAAUGACAGGCCAUCACAGAAAGAAUUCAAACGUGGGAAGUCAGGUGAAAAUGUCAGGGGAAGGAGACCACGUCCAACAACAUUGGCGAACACUGGGAGUAUUCCUACUAGAAGUGAGAAUGAAAAAGAAAAAUCUGUGGUUCAACAGUCCACCUUUUCAAAAGCAAGAAGAAAAACUCAACCUGUUGGUAGCACCAGCAAUAGCCAGCUUUUGACACCAACAGAGCAAACGGUGAACAAACUAGUAAUUGAAAGUUCAACCUCACCAAGUGAGAGAUCACCAUCUCCUUCUAAGAAAGUUAGCCGAAUUGAAGUUGUUUUGACAUUACAAAAAAAAGAAGGCUUAUCUACCGCUCCAGUUGCCAAUACGUGUGGCAAAACUGAAGUGACAACAGGUAACACGAAGCAACAAGGUUUCAAUCAAAAUGAAAAGGAGCUAUUUAGGAAAAAGAAAGAUCAGAAAAUAGAUUGGAAUGAGAAUCGGACAGCUUCUCGGAGAAGACAUACUUUGGGUGGUGGCAAAGAUCUAAAGGAUUACGAGACUAUGUUAUCAGUGUGCGUGAAUGGAACUCACGAAAAAGAACGUAAAACAAGUGCCUUUGAAAGGCUUAAGCCAUUUGGGCUGGAAAGUAAACAAUUAGAAAACCUGACAAUGAAGUCAUGGUUACGGCAUCAAAAAAGUGCUGGCGAUUUAUUUACAGAUUGUGGUUCAAAGAAAUCUGCUGAUGAAAUUGGUUUACUCAGUAAACAUCUCGGUAUCGCUCCAAAAGAUAACAGAACUGCAAUUGACAAUAAGCGUCAAGUGAUCACAUCAAGUGAGAAACGCAACAUCCCAAAGAGCAAGACCCUGGAUGCACAUCCCCAAAAACUUGCAGCGAAACCAAGAUUUUACGAUAUUGAGUCAUAUUUGUAA